AAAAAUAUGCAAAAUAUGCCGACUACUAUCCUCCAUGGUAUUUAAGGUAAACUAUGUAUAAUCACCCAUAUAUACCUACUUUAUAAAGAAGGGAAAAACAAGAGUAAAAAGAAAACUUUCAAGAUACCGUCUCGUUCUCAAUAGUGCUCCUGUUCUCACCAUCACUCUAUAUUUCUACCUGAAAGCUGUGCCAAUUGGGGUUCCAUCAAUCUAUAUCGGGCAUCAACAAGCAGGUAAUUAGGAGCCAUGGGAUCCGAAAUCCGUUCCAAAGUCCCCUAUAUCGAAACGCCGCUCAUCAAAUCCACAACCCUCUCAGAAAUAGCUGGCUGCAAUGUCUUCCUCAAACUGGAAAACCUCCAGCCCUCAGGGUCAUUCAAGUCCCGCGGCAUAGGCAACUACAUGGUAGCCAAGCUCGCUGAGCAAGGGGCGGAUCCCAGCAAGACUCACUUCUACUGCUCAUCCGGUGGAAACGCCGGGCUGGCCUGUGUCCAUGCCGCCAUCACCCUGGGGUGCCGAGCCACUAUUGUCGUUCCCAUGUCUACUUCAGUAUAUAUGAUGGACAAGCUGCGGCAAGCCGGCGCUACAGACGUUAUCCAAAUAGGGGCAUCGUGGCAAGAGGCCGACGAGUAUUUGACGGGCACUCUCAUGGAGGAAGCCCGAGCAAAGGGUGAGGUUGCCAUCUAUGUGCCUCCCUUUAACGCCCAAGAGAUCUGGGACGGCAACGCAACCAUCUCGAAGGAGAUUGCGAGACAAAUUCCCACCAUGACCAGACACUACCCGAUAUCCAUUGAUGGAAAAUCAGACGAUGAUCCGACAGCACGCAUAGAGAACGUCGACGCCAUCGUCUGCAGCGUGGGUGGAGGCGGCCUCUUCUCUGGCCUGAUGCAGGGCCUCGACGACCUCUCCAUGCAAAAGACCCGAGUCGUUGCUGUUGAAACAUUAGGUGCCGACUCCCUUUACCAGGCUGUCCAAAAGCGCGAGCUUGUAACCCUACCUGCCAUCACAAGCCUCGCCACCACUCUAGGUGCCAGGACGGUCUGCAAAAAGGCCUUUGAAUAUGGCCUCCGCGAACAGGUCUCGACGGUUGUAGUCUCCGAUGCCGAAGCCAUUGCCGCAAGUAAGCGGUUCGCUAGCGAAGAGCGCUUCCUUGUCGAGUUGUCGUGCUCGGUUUGUCCUGCGGUGGUAUACGGUGGCAAGCUGAAGGAAUUGGUUCCCGGUCUCAACAAAAAUAGUGUGGUUGUCCUUGUGAUAUGCGGAGGAGCCAAUAUUUCCUACGAAAUACUACAACACUAUACCGCAACCCUUUCAUCUGCACAUUUGAGCUAAUAAAGCUAGAAGGAAACGAGAAGGAGAUGAUAGAAACAUAGAUCUAGACUACACGCUAAACAGGGGAGAGUAAGACACAAGAAGGUGUUAAACCGGAGAUUUGACAAGUAUAAAUUUAGACAUGGCUGAAAAUGCCUAUUUCGUUGUUAGUAACAUCAACUACUAUUGUCAUUAAAGCGUCCGGAAUCCUCCGUGGGAUGAUAAUUACUCAGCUGAGCAUGUCUCGCGGAUAAAGUCGAAGAAAGGCGAAAAGGGAAAGCAAUAAUUGAUUAUGG